UUAACUUUUUUAAACAUUGACAGAUAUUAGAAGUUUGAAUUUGUCUUCAUGGAUUCCAGUAGAUUCACCAUGCUUGUUGGAGCAUAUAAUUCUACCUGUGGAAUUUGGAUUCUUUCUGAUAUUGUUAUUCCAACUUGUGAGGAAAAAUUUGAACUUCAUCAACAAGCAGAACAAAAUCCCCUCAGAUAUGAUUCAUCAAACUAUAACAACAAACCAUGGUUUAGCUUACAAAAUCAGCAUAGUUCUCACCACUUUGAUGGUAGCUCUUCAUGCAGCAACUCUAUCACUCAUGAUUUUCAAUCAUGAGACUCAAUGCUCUUCAAAAUUCAAGGCUAUUGCAUCAGAAACAAUUCAAGUUCUAUCAUGGGGUGCGAGUCUAAUUGCAAUUUUCAAGGUAUCAAGAACAAGUUCUUAUUUUUCUUGGAUUCUCAGAGCUUGGUGGAUUUGUAGUUUCAUUUUGUGCAUUGUUGGAACAUCACUUCAUACAAUAUUGAGUGUUAGCCAAAAGGGUCAAAUUGGUUUAAGAGAAUAUGCAGAUUUCAUUGGUUUGGUUACUUCAACAUUCUUAUUGAUUGUUUCAAUUAGAGGGAAGAGUGACAUUGUGUUAGUUCAAAAAAGUGAGGUAACUGAACCACUUCUGAGUUCAAAACCUGGUAAAACUUCAGAAUUUCCAAAGGAAUCUCCAUAUGGAAAGGCUACUUUGAUGCAACUCAUCAACUUCUCUUGGCUCAAUCCAUUGUUUGAAGAAGGUUACAAGAAGCCUCUUGAGCAAAGUGACAUUCCUAAUGUUGAUAUCAAGGACUCGGCCGAGUUUCUAACCUCGGCCUUCGACGAGAGCCUUAGGCAGGUAAAGGAGAAAGAUGGAACUACAAACCCCUCUAUUUACAAGGCAAUCUAUCACUUCACCAGGAAGAAAGCAGCAAUCAAUGCGCUUUUCGCCAUAAUAUGCGCUUCGGCUUCAUAUGUUGGUCCAUACUUGAUCACUGACUUUGUUGAUUUCUUGGGGGACAAGGAAAAGCAGGGGUUGAAAACAGGGUAUCUUCUUUCACUAGCAUUCUUGUGUGCUAAGAUGGUUGAGACAAUAACUCAGAGGCAAUGGAUUUUCGGCGCAAGGCAAUUAGGCCUUCGCCUUAGAUCUGCAUUGAUAUCUCAUAUAUAUAAGAAGGGUCUGCAUCUUUCGAAUAGAUCGCGACAAAGUCACACAGGCGGCGAGAUAAUGAACUAUAUGAGUGUUGAUGUGCAGAGAAUCACAGAUUUCAUUUGGUAUGUUAAUGUGAUUUGGAUGCUUCCUAUACAAAUUUCUUUAGCAGUGUUCAUUUUGCAUACAAAUCUUGGAUUAGGCUCUAUGGCCGCGCUAGCCGCGACUCUAGCAGUGAUGACUCUGAACAUACCUCUUACCAAAAUACAGAAAAGAUACCAAGCAAAGAUCAUGGCAGCCAAAGAUGAAAGAAUGAAAGCAACUUCAGAAGUUCUGAGAAACAUGAAAACUUUGAAGCUUCAAGCAUGGGAUAGUGAAUUUCUUCAAAGGCUAGAAUCAUUGAGGAAAGUGGAGUAUAAUUGGUUACUGAAAUCACUACAACAAGCAGCACUUUCUGCUUUUAUCUUCUGGGGAUCACCUACAUUCAUAUCUGUGAUAACCUUUUGGGCUUGUAUGCUAAUGGGAAUCGAGCUAACGGCCGGAAGAGUCUUAUCCGCAUUCGCCACAUUUAGAAUGUUACAGGAUCCUAUUUUCAGCCUACCUGAUUUACUCAAUGUCAUGGCUCAAGGGAAAGUUUCGGUUGAUAGGAUCGCUUCAUACCUUAGGGAGGAAGAAAUCCAGCAUGAUGUCAUUGAAAAUGUAUCAAGGGACAAAACAGAAUUUGAUGUAGUCAUUGAUAAAGGGAGAUUCAGCUGGGAUCCAGAGUCUAGAACUCCAUCUAUUGAUCAAAUAGAGUUGAAAGUUAAAAGAGGAAUGAAGGUGGCGAUUUGUGGAUCGGUUGGUUCUGGAAAAUCAAGCCUGCUGUCUGGUAUUUUGGGAGAGAUAUAUAAGCAAUCCGGGAAAGUGAAGAUCAGUGGAACCAAAGCUUAUGUUCCACAGUCUCCAUGGAUUCUUACAGGGAAUAUUAGAGACAAUAUCACAUUUGGAAAAGAGUAUGAUCCUGAAAAGUAUGAGAAAACUGUCCAAGCUUGUGCAUUGAAGAAGGACUUUGAGCUAUUCUCUUGUGGUGAUCUCACUGAGAUUGGAGAAAGAGGGAUCAACAUGAGUGGUGGACAAAAGCAGAGGAUUCAGAUAGCGCGAGCCGUUUACCAAGAUGCUGAUAUAUAUCUUCUUGAUGACCCUUUUAGCGCCGUCGAUGCACAUACCGGAACACACCUAUUUAAGGAGUGUCUUAUGGGGAUUCUUAAAGAGAAAACCAUACUUUUUGUUACACACCAAGUUGAAUUUCUUCCAGCAGCAGAUCUCAUCCUGGUGAUGCAAAAUGGAAAAAUUACACAAGCUGGAAAAUUUGAAGAGCUUCUAAAGCAAAACAUAGGAUUUGAAGUCUUAGUUGGUGCUCAUAGUAAAGCUCUCGAGUCAAUUCUCACUGUCGAAAACUCAAGCAGAACAGCUCAAAAUCCCAUAGCUGAAGCAGAAUCCAACUCAAAUGUGAAACUCAUGCACAAAGAACAGCAUGACACAGUGGAAGAUAAUCCACCAGAGAGGAAAGGAAAUGAAGGAAAAUUGGUGCAAGAUGAAGAAAGAGAAACAGGAAGCAUAUCAAAAGAAGUAUACUGGACUUAUUUGACAACUGCAAAAGGAGGAGCAUUGGUUCCGGUUAUAAUCUUAGCACAAUCUUCAUUCCAAAUACUUCAGAUUGCAAGUAACUAUUGGAUGGCUUGGGUUUGUCCUACAAGUAGUGAUGCUAAGCCUAUAUUUGACAUGAAUUUCAUACUUCUUAUUUACAUGGCUCUUUCUGUUUCCGGCGCGCUAUGUGUUCUGGUGCGAGCCUUGUUGGUUGCAUACACCGGCCUUUGGACAGCACAGACAUUCUUCACAAGCAUGCUGCAUAGUGUGCUUAGAGCUCCAAUGUCAUUCUUUGAUUCAACACCAACUGGAAGAAUCUUGAACAGGGUCUCUACAGAUCAAAGUAUUCUAGAUUUGGAGAUGGCAACCAAAUUAGGAUGGUGUGCUUUCUCUGUAAUACAAAUUCUGGGAACUAUUGCAGUGAUGUCUCAGGUGGCAUGGCAAGUUUUCGCCAUUUUCAUUCCGGUAACUGCAGUCUGCAUAUGGUAUCAAAGAUAUUACACACCAACAGCAAGAGAACUGGCUCGCUUAGCACAGAUACAAAUUGCACCAAUCCUCCACCAUUUUGCAGAAUCUUUAGCCGGAGCAGCUUCGAUACGAGCUUUCGAUCAAGAAGGCAGAUUCAUACACACAAAUCUUGAUCUUGUGGAUGGCCAUGCAAGGCCAUGGUUUCAUAAUGUGUCUGCAAUGGAAUGGCUUUCUUUCAGAUUGAAUAUACUUUCAAAUUUUGUUUUUGCCUUCUCACUUGUUAUGCUUGUGAGCCUCCCUGAAGGAAUAAUCAAUCCAAGCAUUGCAGGGUUGGCAGUAACAUAUGGGAUCAAUUUGAAUGUGUUGCAAGCUCAAGUUAUAUGGAACAUAUGCAAUGCUGAAAACAAGAUGAUCUCAGUUGAAAGAAUUCUGCAAUACAGAAAUAUAGCAAGUGAGGCACCACUUGUCAUUCAGGACAGCAGGCCGCCGAGCAACUGGCCGGCGACCGGAACAAUAAGUUUCACAAAUUUAGAGAUACGCUAUGCUGAACAUCUCCCAUCAGUUCUGAGACACAUCACAUGCACAUUCCCGGGACAGAAGAAAAUUGGCGUUGUAGGACGAACCGGAAGUGGAAAAUCGACCCUUAUUCAGGCGAUUUUUAGGAUUGUUGAGCCAAGAGAAGGAAGCAUUGUGAUUGACAAUGUGGACAUAUGCAAGAUAGGUCUGCAUGACUUAAGGUCAAGGCUCAGCAUCAUCCCACAAGACCCUUCCAUGUUUGAAGGCACUGUUAGGGGCAACUUGGACCCCUUGGAACUAUACUCUGACACUCAAAUCUGGGAGGCACUAGAUAAAUGUCAACUUGGUCAGCUAGUGAGGGAAAAGCAAGACAAGUUGGAUAGCCAAGUGGUAGAAAAUGGUGAGAAUUGGAGUGUGGGACAAAGGCAACUAUUUUGCCUAGGAAGAGCAUUGCUGAAGAGAAGCAGCAUAUUAGUUCUUGAUGAAGCAACUGCCUCUGUGGACUCUGCAACUGAUGGGGUGAUACAGCAGAUCAUCAGUCACGAGUUUAAAGAUCGAACCGUCGUCACAAUCGCUCAUCGUAUCCACACGGUUAUAGACAGUGAUCUUGUUUUGGUUCUCAGUGAUGGGAGAAUCGCCGAGUAUGAUGAGCCGUCGAAGUUACUUGAAAGAGAAGAUUCCUUCUUCUAUAAACUCAUAAAGGAGUAUUCAAGCAGAUCAAGUGGCUUCAACAGCUUAGCAACUCAACAUGUUCAAAGCUAGGAAUAAUAGAUUCUAAGGCUUUAUGAUCAUUUUAAUUUAUUGGAGUUAUUAACUUAUUAUAGUAUUGGGGACAGAAAAAGCUCCAAAAUGUUCCACACAGCUUCAAUAAAACCACCAACCAAUGAUGUAUAUGUAAUGGCUUCAUUACAAGGUGAUAGAGUUGUGUGGAUACUCCUCAGUGGCUCUCUAUUUGAUAAUGAGAUAUGAUGAGGAUUAGGCUUCAGUUUUGAGAGGAAGAAGAAGACUUGUACAAGUCAGAGGGACUUGAAACAAAAUGAAUGUACUGUAAUAUAAUAAGCAAUUCCCAUGUAAUUUUCUCAAGGAAGAUCAAUCACUCACCUCUCUCUCUC